CCGAGCGAUCGACGCAACCCAUCUCCUAACAUUUUAUACAGUUUUCAAAAUGAAGCACUUUAUAAAAUGAUUUAUUCGCGGUAUUUGGUGACUAUAGUGAAGUACGCGCGCGGUUGAUUAGGACAAUCAGUGAUAAGAAAAGGUUUCAGUGUCUCAUAAGAAUGCAUUUACAUUUUGAAAGGAACGUAAACGCGAAAUGCGACUGCACGAUACUAUCGCUGUCGUGGAUGGGCAAAGUUCCCGACGAGCUGCCAGAGGAGGAGGGAUGGAAGCUGAAUCGAAACAACUAUUACCAAGAGGGGUGGCUGGCAACGGGCAACGUACGCGGCGUGGUGGGCGUUACGUUCACAUCUUCGCACGCGCGGCGCCCUCAUGAGCUUCCAUUACGCACCAACUACAACUUGCGAGGGCACCGCUCUGAUGUGAUUUUGGUGAAAUGGAACGAACCGUACCAGAAGCUGGCGUCGUGUGACAGCUCUGGAGUUAUCUUCGUGUGGAUCAAAUACGAGGGUCGUUGGAGUAUCGAGCUUAUUAACGACCGCAGCACGCCUGUGACGCACUUCUCGUGGUCUCAUGAUGGGAGGAUGGCCUUAAUAUGUUAUCAGGACGGCUUCGUGCUGGUGGGCUCAGUGGCAGGCCAGCGCUACUGGUCGUCAAUGCUUUCACUGGAUGCACGCAUUACCUGCGGAUGCUGGACGCCGGAUGACAGCCAGGUUUACCUCGGCACAGCUUCCGCGCAGCUUGUCGUCAUGGACGUCCAUGGUGCAAUGGUGUCACAGGUUCAACUGGUAGCUGAGGGCGGUAUAAUAUCGAUGGCGUGGUCAUGCGAAAAGUUCAAAAUGGAGGAAGGCGAAGAAGCAGGGGAGACUAAUGGUGGUCACGUUCUUGCGGUGGCUCUGGGGAGCGGGGAGAUUGUGCUGUUACGUGGCCACGACGACGUGAGUCCAGUGCGGAUUCAUACUGGUCUAAGAGGCAACACGUUGGCCAUGGAGUGGGCUAACUCAAGAGAAUUACUUGCCGUUGCUGGUACUUUGAUUGCUGAGCCAAAUGAACCGGAGGACUCCCCGCCCUAUAAAAAUGUGGUGAAGUUCUACUCGGACAACGGUGCUCUUAUUUACACAGUCCCUAUACCAUAUACUCAGGCGUUGGUCACAGCGCUGACGUGGGGGCACGCGGCACGACGGUUGUUCGUGGGGCUGGGCGGAGCAGUGUGCACGGCACGCGUUUGGCGAGUGGUUGCACCACUGCAGCUGCUGGCACGCGUGCGUGCCGCUGCCGCUCUGCGUCACCCGCGCCUUGCCGCUAAGCUGCCGCUACCGCCGCGUCUGCAACCAGCGCUCGCCAGCCUCUUUGCGCACACCAUACGCUGUAACGUCCCAGAGGCAAUCGAGCUUCGCCGCUUCGUAUCCCGACCCCCGUCUGCUGGCGGUCGCUUGCAUUGUACAAUGCUUCGGCACGACGACGAAGAAGCCGGGGCUUACACGCUGUAUCUCGAGCACCUAGGUGGACUAGUGCCGUUGCUCAAGGGCCGCAGGACCAGCAAGAUUAGACCAGAGUUUGUCAUCUUUGACCCGCAGGGGGAAGAAGGCUUGACCAAUACAGUGCGCGAGUCGAGCAGUAGCAGCAGUGGCGCCAACAGCGCAUCGAGUAGCGGCAGCGGCGGCAGCAUCGGUGGCGGUAUCUCCUCGCCGCGACCCCCGCGCACUCCCCGCGCCCCUCGCCGCGCACCCAGGCAGCCCCCUCACGAUGACUCCUGCUCCUCAGACACAGAGCGGGAGGACGGUUGUUCGGGAUCUCCCCGAUUGCAAAGACGUCGACGAGCACGUGAGAGACGCAAAACACGCAAUGCAAAAGAGGAAAAAGACGAGACUCCUGAUGAAUUAGCCUACAUAGAUUCUUUACCUGAGGAUGUUCGGCUAGUUGAAGUAACAUCUAACAUCUGGGGAACGAAGUUUAAAAUGCAUGGAUUGGCAAAGAACGUACCAGCUAAUCUCGGCCAAGUCACAUAUAAGACUUCCUUAUUACACUUACAGCCGCGACAGAUGACGUUGAUGAUAACAGAACUAAGAGAUGAUUAUCCAGUUGAUCCAGAUCCAACUUUUAACCCUAACAUAUUUUCGGAAGACGAAGAGGAAGUCUUUCCAAAUAGUGAGGCAAACUCUCCAUCACAUAUUAAUAAUAAUAUUAGGAAAAAGUUCAAUCCCCUUAUUAUGUCCGACAGAAUGACAAAUACGAAUAACAUAAUAAAUCAGUCCGAGAUAUUUUCGCCCAAUAAUAAUUCUAAUCCAUCGCUUGCCAGAGCAGAGUCCUACGAUGAAUUCCCGUUUAUAGAUACAAACGACACUAUGAAUAACGAAAAUGUUUAUAACUCAAAUACGGUUCGGCAUGCUACUCAAACUGCAGAGAGACGCGUAAAUAACUCAGCUGCUGUAUCAAAUAGACAUGCAAUUUCGCCGUUAAGAUGUGAAAGUUCCGUUCCAACAUUACAAUCGCCAAAAAAUGCAGUAGCACCAACUGAUAUCAUAUUUGAAAGACCAUCGCCGCAAACCGUCACUUGCGGAGGCAGGGGAGAUUUCUGCGGAGGCCGAACCGAUUAUAGUGUAAGGGACAAUAACUCACUCAAAGGAAAUCUGUCUAAUAUAGAACAGCAAUCGUUCAGUCUAAAUCUUAGCCUAGAACCUAGCAGGCAAGUCACGAUAAAAAAGUGCGACAAUCAUGUCACAGAUAAUUGUUUAUCGAAAUUGCGAAAGAAUAUAUGCAGUAGGGGCGAAUCUUCUUUUGAAAUGAACACUAGAAUACUGAAAUCAUUGUGCAAUAAGAAUUACGAGCACGAGGUACAUCCCGACGCAAUGAUUAAACGCACGGAGACAUUAAAGAACGCACAAAAGAGUGAGGACCUCAAAUUUAUUGACGAAGAGACUCCUGUGGACACGAAUAUAAAUAAUGUAACGGACAAAGUUCGUGAAAGUAGAGUACAGAGAACAACUACCGUCGUACCGAUUAGUCCAGUAUGCGCGAACAUACCCGUGUAUGAUACAAUGACUCGAAGCUGCAGCGUGGGCUACUUGGACAUGGUCGAUCCUCAAGUAUUACAUGCUCAAGUCAGUUUGACAGCUCUGCGAGGAGAACCGCCUCGGCGCCUUAUAUUAGUCAACAAUAAACGACAGCGACGACCGCGACGAUAUUUAAAAUCUAACGAUAUAAAACAGAUAGAAAGUUUUAAAACGCCUACCUUGAAAAAAUGCGGAAAGUCGAAGAGUUUAGAUUCUGGAGAGUUGUCUAUAGCUGCGGAUAAGGGGAAGCGGCAAUCCAAAGCCGAAUCUAGUGUUAAGAAUGACAAUGCGUCCGCAAACUCUAGCAGUAGAUGUAAUAGCACGGGAGAAGACAAUAGUGGAACGAGUACGGAGGAGGGUCGCGUGCGACGGUCGCGGCGGGACCUCGUAACCUGCACCGCAUGUCGUCUUGUCACACCGAGGGAGCGUCGUGACUCGGACACUCCCUACGUAUGCACGGUGUGCUGCGCUACGACAUUAGCUGCGCCGCGCCCUGUCGCACCUCCCGCCCCACUGACAGAUAGUGACUCCGACUACAGCAAGUAUUAUAGUUCUCUGGAGCAACUAGCACUGCGGUUACUGGCGUCAAGGUCUAAGAGAAGCGGAGCUAGCGAGGGCGCGGGGGCGAUUUCUCGUGAGAGUAGCUCGGCGCCAGCAUCGCCGCGACUUGCGCGCUCGUCCGCGUCACCCGCGCCUGCCUCACCUGCCCCGCGCGCCUCCCGCCGACAGCGUUACUCGUCUGCAUCACCUAUUAGACAACUGCUCAACUCACCGUUACUGAAUCGAAGAAGGAACAAGAAGCUUUCAGAAAGCUCCGACGACGAAUACUCCAACGGCUACAAUGAAGUUAACAGCAAGAACUAUAGAGAUUUGGAAAGCUUCCAGAAGGCACAGCUCCGAAAUAAGCUUAAACGCGCCGGCGGCAACAUCACAACGGCAACAGCGUCCAACGCGCCCGACAGUCACAACAACGCGCGCCGUCAGCUGGUAAUGCACAACAAAGCGCCCAUGUGGAACGAGAACAGCCAAGUUUACCAGCUCGAUUUCGGCGGCCGAGUAACUCAAGAGUCCGCAAAGAACUUCCAGAUCGAGUACCAUGGCAAACAGGUGAUGCAGUUUGGUCGCAUCGACGGCAACGCGUACACGCUAGACUUCCAGUAUCCGUUCUCAGCUUUGCAGGCUUUCGCAGUUGCGUUAGCCAACGUGACACAAAGACUCAAAUGAGCAAUCGCCGUCACUUACAGCAAGCGGCUACGCUCGUACGGUUUCUACAACCGAUGUGGUGCGUAAUUUAAUACAAGCGCUGCUGUAUUGUGGGUUUUGUGCAAUAGUAUCAUGGACUCCGUUUGUGAAGUAAAUAAGCCGUAAUACAACUUCCUAACCUACUGACAGAGUAUCUCAUCUCUCUUUUGUGUGCCCUGAUGUAGCUUCCUUUCCAACGUAUUAGUAACGAUUACCUACAACGUAGUUUUAAACAGAAAUCGUUGUUCUCUUUGUCGAUCUCGGAGGUUGGUUAGGUGUUGUAAGCAAGUAUUAAUUUAGAUAAGUACAAUGCAGACGACCGAAUGAAAUCAAAUAAAUAAGCGUUUUUGGCCGAUGACAUGUAUCAGUUUCCUUGAUUGAGUGAAAAGUGCCAACUGAUUUUCUAUAGGUGCCAUUGAAAUCUUAACUUAAUCAAUUUGUGUACAAAGUGUACAAAGAUUACAAAUAUAUUACGUUCUCAAUAAUUAGGAACUCAAUAUUAUGAUGGAGGCUAGUGCUAUAUGUUCCUGACAUUACCUAAAUAUAAGGUUAAUCGUCAUAGCAAUUACCUAAAUGUCAAAAAAUAUUACAAUUUUCGUAAAUAAUCAAUCGGCCAAAAUACGUGGCUACUUGUACCGACUUUUUGGACCUGCCACUUGUACUUUAUCGACCUGACCUAACUUGUUUGACCUUUUGUUUGUUUGUUAGCUGAGUGCCAAGUGUGAAAUUGUCUGCGUCCCCGAUUUCUGACCUCAUCGGGACGUGGAACCUUACCACGGUCACGGGGGCGU